GUCACCCUUUAUAAAUCCGUGAGCUGUCUUGACCGCUGGGGCCGAAGACGACUUAGAAUCUCACGAGCGCUGCAGACUGGGUUCAGCGUAUGACCGCCGACUAGUUCGUAACAACAGCGCCCAGGAACUACUACACUAUGAAGAUACUGUAUCCGGCUGUUGGUAUUUUCUCUACUCUUGUCAACAGUGUCUAUGCAGGACCAGAAGCCUACAGAAUCUGUCAAGCCGGUUAUGCCGCUGUGGUGACAGCUUGCUAUUCAGCAGCAGGCUUCACUUGGGGAGCAACACUUACAUUGCCUGAGGCUAGAUUAGCAUAAAUUUAUUUAAGGAAUUAAAUCUACCAGGAUUUCUC